UUUUUUUCUUCUGAAGCUUGACGAAGGAAUUUUUUGUUAACGAAGCUUAACGCUUGACUUAAAAAAUUCUUCCAAUUGUCGUUCGCCAAUUCCUCAACGCGACAACCGACGCGAUAAUAACUUGUCGCACAUACUUCGCAAUCUAUCCCACCUUAACAAUUCUCUUUAAAUAUGGGCUUUACACCGAGAGGAGGUAGAGGCGGUGGCCGUGGUGGUGGAAGCCGAGGUGGCUUUGGUGAUCGAGGUGGUUUCGGUGGACGAGGAGGUGGUCGUGGAGGUGCUCGAGGUGGCGCGCGAGGUGGACGAGGUGGCUUCGGUGAUCGAGGCCGCGGUGGUCCCCCCGGCCGAGGACGUGGAGCUCCUCGAGGUGGCGGACGAGGAGGUGCAAGAGGCGGCGCAAGGGGUGGUGCGAAGGUUAUGGUCGAACCUCAUCGUCACGAGGGUGUAUUCGUCUCGCGGGGCAAGGAAGAUCACUUACUCACCCGAAGCAUCGCACCUGGUAUCGAGGUCUAUGGCGAGAAGCGAGUGUCAACUGAUACCACUACCAAAGGAGAAGAUGGUGCUCCUAUCACGACCAAGGUCGAAUACCGAAUUUGGAAUCCUUUCCGAAGCAAGUUGGCCGCCGGUAUCAUUGGAGGUAUUGACAACAUUUACAUGAAGCCCGGUUCCAAGGUCCUGUACUUGGGUGCCGCUUCUGGAACAUCAGUUUCUCACGUUUCCGACAUUGUUGGCCCUACCGGAAACGUCUACGCCGUCGAGUUCUCCCACCGAUCUGGCCGAGACUUGGUUAACAUGGCUCAAAACCGAACCAACGUCAUUCCCAUCGUCGAAGAUGCUCGACAUCCCAUGAAGUACCGCAUGCUUGUCCCGAUGGUCGACUGUAUCUUUGCCGAUGUUGCCCAGCCCGAUCAAGCUCGUAUCGUUGCCCUGAACGCUCACAUGUUCCUGAAAGUCGGCGGUGGUGUGGUUAUCUCCAUUAAGGCAAACUGCAUUGACAGCACAGCUGCUCCCGAAGCAGUCUUCGCGCAAGAAGUCCAGAAGCUGAGGGCCGAGCGUAUUAAGCCCCAGGAGCAACUGACACUAGAACCCUACGAACGAGACCACUGUAUUGUGAUUGGACAGUACCAAGAGGCGAAAUGAGCACUUUACAGGUUAGAAGACAACCUGUCUUGUGUUAGGAUAGUCUUGGUGUGACGAUCACGAUCCAUAUGGUUCACGGGAAGGAGUUAUUCCCAACAGGCAACGGCGACUAGGCGUUAUGGGGGUGGGAUUCAUGCUAAUUCGAUUGUGUAUAGUUCCAUUAGGGACAAGUAUCUGGUCAAUACCACAUAGGCAAUUUGGUCCGCGCGCUCGUCUAUUUCAUCUGAUACAUAAAAGUUUUCUUCAGCAGCUAUUGGCAUCUUGUUCAUAUCGUAGUAUC